UAAUCUACGUCUCCUGCCGAAAUAGAAAAGGAGAGAAAAAUCAUUCUACUCUCUUCUUCCUUGUUCAGCUUUGUUUUCUGCAGAACCCUAAUUUGACUCACGUUCUAUGCUUCUCUUAUGGUUCCUCUCCUUUCGUCGAUCUCCCAAUCUCUAGGGUUCAGUGAUUGACUCUCUAAAUGAGUGCCGUCGCCAUCAAUCGCAAGCGCAACGAAGAUUCCUUAUACUCCAACCAACCUUCCACCGCUCAAUUCCGACGACAUUCGCCGUACUUCCAAGCUCCGAAGAAACGCAGAUUCUCCUUCGGAACCAUGUCUCAGGAUCCCAACAAGCCAUCUUCGUCUUCGGUCUCGAGGAUUUCGAGGUAUCCCGACGCCAAAACUCCACUUAGACGAGAAAUCCACGCACCUAGCAGAGCGAACCUUAUAUACGGAGGAUCACCCAAGGCUAAGCCUAACGAUUGCUGCGAGAAGGGGGAGUUUUUCACUCGAGAGUAUGAUAACGCCAAGAGAACAGCUUUGGAUGCGUUCAGGUUCCUUAACAAAGAUAAAGAGUUAAUCGAUUUGGAGGAAGAAGAAGAAGCAGUUUCUCAAGAUUCAGCCAUUGAAGUUAUUGAUUGUGAUGAGGAGAAGUUAGUAAAGGAUGAUGAUAACAAUAAGAAGAAGGUUGAAGUUGUUGAUUGUGAUGAUGAUGAUGAUGAUGAUGAGGAGAAUAUUCAGACUCCUUCAGAUGUUAACAAGUUUGGAGUUGGUGACACUAGUACGAUGCUUGAUUCCUUGUCUUUGGGUAGAGAGGAGACCACAGAUGCUUCCAGCCUCGAAGCCUAUAGAAAGCUUAUGCACAGUGCAGAGAGGCGGAACUCCAAGUUGGAAGCUUUGGGUUUUGAGAUUUUGUUUAAUGAGAAGCGUUUGUCACAGCUUCGCAAGUCUCGUCCAAAGCCUCUGGAGAAGCCUCUCAAGAAGGUACCUCAUGAACCCUUUAUACCACUCACAAAGGAGGAGGAAGCUGAAGUCUACUGUGCCUUUUCUGGGAGAAACAGGAGAAAGGUCUUGGUGACGCAUGAAAGUUCAAACAUUGAUAUUACUGGAAAAGUUCUACAAUGCCUUACACCAUCUGCAUGGCUAAAUGACGAGGUUAUCAAUGUCUACCUUGAACUACUCAAAGAAAGAGAAACUAGAGACCCCAAAAAUUAUUUGAAGUGUCAUUUCUUCAAUACCUUUUUCUAUAAAAAGCUGGUAAGCGACUCUGGGUAUAAUUUUAAAGCUGUUAGGAGAUGGACUACGCAGAGAAAGUUGGGAUAUCCCCUUAUUGACUGUGACAUGAUAUUUGUUCCCAUCCACCGGGGUGUACAUUGGACCUUAGCAGUUAUUAACAACAGGGAUCGCAAGUUCUUGUAUCUCGAUUCACUAAAUGGAGUUGAUUCGAAGAUUUUAAAUGUUCUGUCAAAAUACGUGGGAGAUGAAGCUAAAGAAAAAAGUGGAAAAGACAUUGAUGUUAGUUCGUGGGAAAUGGAAUUUGUUGAAGGCAUUCCCCAACAACAAAAUGGGUAUGACUGUGGAAUGUUUAUGCUCAAGUACAUAGACUUUUUCAGUAGAGGUCUGGGGCUAUGUUUCAGCCAGGAACAUAUGCCAUAUUUCCGGCUAAGAACGGCUAAGGAGAUUCUGAAACUACGAGCUAACUAAAACUGUUCGGGCUAUGCCUUUUUAGUAGUAGUGCUAUUUUGCUUUCCAUUGUUGAUUUGUUCAGGCUAUAGAUUGUUUAGGCAGUGAAGCGCUCAACCUCAGAAGCAGAGGUAAACACUGGGCCAGGCUCAAAGCUCUUUUUCCUUUUGUAUUUUGUUAUAUUAUAUUUUGGCUAAAAUUGUAGAUGGAGCAUGUUGGAUU